AUGGACAAGGGCAACAUGUCUAGUAUUAUGAAUUUUGAGAACCACAAAGAGAUGGCUAAAUCUAUAAUAGACCUAUCGAUCGAUUUUCUAGACUGUUGUUUCACCGAUGCUACCGGUCGUAUGGGCCACAUAAUGGUAUCAUCGUCCAAUUUAUCCGAAGAAAAUCUUAAAUGGGGUAUCCCUUUUGAUGGAUCUUCGAUUCCCAUGUUUUGCAAUGUUAUAUCUUCUGACAUGCUGGCCCUUCCAGACUACACUACUUGUUGGAUUGAUGAAUUCUAUAUGCAUAAGGUUAUGCAUGUAACCUGUGACGUAAUUCAUCCUUGUGGAAAGGAAUCAUUGUUUUGCCCCCGGACUAUAUGUAAAAAUGUGGAGAAAUAUCUUGCAUCUACUGGGAUAUCAGACACUGUUAACAUUGGCCUAGAAGCUGAAUUCUUUAUAUUCAACAACGUAACUUACAAAUGUACUCCCUAUGACUCUCACUUACUCAUAGAAGCUUCUUCUGAAAAUUAUGGGCAUUGUAACCCUGCAGUUACAAAAUUAUCAUCGAGCACAUUCAUGGGAAGUCAUGACACUAGAUACCCUAAUAAUUUGGGCGUGGGCUAUGGUCAAUCCCUGCCCCUUGAUUGCCAUGCAGAUAUAAGGAAUGAAAUAUCAACACAGCUUAGAAAGGUGGGUAUAAUUCCCGAGUCUAAUCACUGCGAGGUGGCCCAAUUUCAGCAUGAGAUAUCUUACAAGUUUCAAAAAAUGGUCAAAACAGCAGAUAAUUUUAUCACACUUAAGUAUAUCACAAAGAAUGUUUCAAAGAAGUAUGGUUUAACGGCCACAUUCAUGCCGAAGCCAAUUCAAAAUCAAAAUGGCAGCGGUAUGCAUUGUAACAUAUCUCUAUGGAAGAACGGAAACAAUCUCUUCUAUGGUGGCGUGAAAAAUGGAACCACUCUUAUUUCAGAGCUAGCCAAGAAUUUCAUUGGUGGAGUGCUGAGACAUGCAAAGUCAAUUGUAGCCUUCACUAACCCUUCGGUAAACUCUUACCGUCGUUUAAUACAUGGUUUUGAGGCACCGACUUACCUGGUUUACAGUACAGGUAACAGAUCAGCCGCCAUUAGGGUGCCAACUAUACCCGAUAAGAAUUUCAAUUCGACUCGAAUUGAGAUUCGAUUUCCAGACGCUUCCGGAUCUAUCCACUUGGCCGUGGCUGCUAUAGUUCUAGCUGGAAUUGAUGGAAUAACGAACAAGAUUGAUCCGGGAGACGAAUUUACAAGUGAUAUCGAAUCGCUAGGUGAUAAUAGCCAAAACAAAAUUGAAAAAUUGCCUUGCAGCCUCAUGGAAUCACUCUAUGAAUUGGAGAGGGAUCAGGAAUAUUUACUUAAAGGAGAUUGUUUCACGGCCCAAUUUAUUUCAAAGUAUAUCGCCAUUAAGAAGAAGGAAGUUUUGGAAUGUGCAGCUAUUGCAUCUGUUAAGGAGUUCCAGCUUUACUAUAAUUCUUAA